GGUUCCACUUGUUGUUAAUAAUGAGUGCCCUUCCAAAAAAUAGAAGUGUGUUGAUUUUUCCAUUGAUUCAUUUUUUCUAAUGCUGGUUUGCAAAUCCAUUCUUCAUGGGUAGUAGGUUCACCUAAUGCUGUAAGUGACACUCCUAGGAUGCGUACCGGGGCUCUUAAAGGCGUGGAGCAUAAAUGGGCGUCCUUUGUGUGGCUUUGUGGACCUAUCUCUGGAAUUUUGGUUCAGCCAGUUGUUGGUGCCUGGAGUGACAACUUGCAGUCGAGAUUCGGGAGGAGAAGACCUUUCAUUGUUGCUGGGUCCUUUUUCGUCACUCUUGCUAUACUAGUUAUUGGGUUUUCAACCGAUAUUGGGUAUUUACUAGGAGAUGGCCUAGAUGUUGAUGCUGCCAGCGACUUGGCAGCUCGAGAUCGCUCAGGGGCGACCCGCGGCAGUAACAGGCACAAAAAGUGGGCUCGCAUUGUGUUCAUUAUGGGAUUUUGGCUCCUUGAUCUUGCUAAUAACACUAUCCAGGGUCCUAUGCGUGCGUUGCUGGCUGAUCUGGCAGGUGAUUCUGUCAUUGCCUUUCCACAUGUCUGUCGAUCCUCAUCCAAUGUCUGUCAUGACGACUCGACACAUGUCUCUGGCACCAGAAGAGUGGAUCAGCUCGAAGCAGCACAAGCAUUUUAUUCGUUGUGGACAUCUCUGGGCAGCAUUCUUGGCUAUGCGGCAGGAUCGAGUGGCUUGUGGUACCAGUGGUUCCCCUUCCUGUCAACAAGGGCUUGCUCAGAGAUUUGUGCAAACCUGAAGGCAGCCUUCAUCAUUGCUGUGCAAAGAAGCAAGGAUCGAACAGAAAACAAACGAACGCUGAACAGUGAAGGUCAGGAGAUGAUGGAGGGUAGACUCAAGAAGAGAAAGGCAGUAAAUGCAGGAGGAGAAGAGGUAACAGUAACUAAACCUGUUGUAGUCGGCCAAGGGGACAAGGCAAAGGGGGAAGGGAAAGCGGAGUCAGACACCAUGGCUGAUGUGAGCAGCGCAGAGGGAGACAACCCGGACAAGGAAAGUGAGAAGGAAUCUCAACGAUCGCUCCAGUGGCUCAGAGAAUAUGUAGAGAAAGUCAAAAGGGAAAGGGAACAUGCAUUCAACAUCAGGGUAGCAUGCCUGAAACAUGCUGAGAAAGCCCAGUUAGUUGGUAAGAGGGGCCCGAUAGGAGGAUCCGUGAACUCCAACAACCAAUUCGAGGCACUCAGGAAGGUCAAGGCAGAGGAGCUAUCGGAAUAUACGGCAUUCAGGUAUCUAGAAAAGAAAAGGGCAAGAGAACACGGUCUGAAAGACAAAGACAAAACCAUUCCUGAUUCCAAAGACGAACUCCAAAGCUUGCGCCCAACGAAAUGGAGGACAGGGAAGAACCAGAAGAAGAGGGACAAUGACUCAGAUCCAAUGGAAUCUGAGGAUGAAUCUGGACGCACUCUGCUGAAAAAAGAAGCAGCGGUCAUACUGGCCCAAACAGACAAAUUGAGGAGACUGAAUGAGGAAUAUGCUCCAGAAUUCAUUACAAUCGACCGCAUUGCCAAAAAGGCUACCCCACUGGUGGAAGAAACCGCCAGGUCGCCAAGGCUCACAAUGAUGAGUAUCCGUCCUCUUAUCGCAGCAAGAUAUGUGUCAGGAAUUGAUGAGUGGCAGGUUGCCACAGAUGUUUCCUUUCAGAUCCCWGGCUUGGAAGAAGGCCAGAACUUAGCAGAAGUCCUCCGAAAGAAAGUUUCUAGUUCUUAUCCUUUGGGUGUCUUUGAGAUAGGACUGAAUGGAGCAGUUCAGGAGGACACACAKUCUCAAUCGSCSCAGGAAGUAGGGGUCCAGGUUGAUGCAACAGACACAGAAGUAGGGAAACACUCUCCUCAGGCAUUCAUGCCAUUGAUCGUCAAGUUGCCGGAAACUGCGAAACUGAGGUCAGGAAUGAGAUGGCGACCGUGGAGGACUGUAAUUGCAGUCCCAUACAGCAUCUUGGCAGGCUCGAGUCUGCCAGCAGAAUUGGAUGCAGUAUCAAUCGCGACCUUAGUAGCGGCAGGCACUCUGGAGGGAGAUGGUGAUCUGGAAGCACGAGCAUUUGCGCUGGAUUGGGACAAAUACUACAGGAGCGAUGGCUCGGAUGGGGAGUCCCUGGGCUGGAUCUAUGAUGAGGAGAGGGACGAGGAGGGGAGGAACAUAGAACAGGGUGAAGACAAUGAGGAAAGCUUGGGUCCAUACAAGAUGGAUGAGUCUGAGUCAGAUACGCCCUCGAGACCGGUGCAGGAUUCCGGGGGUCUGAUCAGGGAGAGGACACGAUGGGCUUGGACACAGGCGGACCUUUACCAUCGUAAAAGAAACAGCAGAUCGGGCCUUGGGGUAAAUGGGGUAAAUAGUGGUAACAGUCGGGGCAAUGGAGGAAUUCAGGAAAGUGGCCAACAAGGGGGUAACUCAGGGCGAGUGGAGACACCAAGGGAUCACCAUUCGAAGUUGGAAUGUCAAUGGUUUGGGUAAUGUUAAGGGGAGGGAAGACGAGCUCUUUGACCUAAUCAAAGAUCUAACAGUAA